GCGUGGGCCGUGGGCCGUCAGGGCAGCCCUGAAGGGGCCCCCUCCCCACUCCGCUCGAGUAGAAGUGUGAGAGAGCCCAGCAGGACUCAGAGGGGAGAGUUGGAGGAAAAAAAAAAAAGGCAGAAAAGGGAAAGAAAGAGGAAGAGAGAGAGAGAGAGUGAGAGGAGCCGCUGAGCCCACCCCGAUGGCCGCGGACGAAGUUGCCGGAGGGGCGCGCAAAGCCACGAAAAGCAAACUUUUUGAGUUUCUGGUCCAUGGGGUGGAGCAAGGAGCAGGUGACCCUGUAGGCACUGUGAGCCGGAAGCCCUAGGGCUGAACAACCUCUGCAUCCCGGCAGGAAGACUCUGGGGCUUUGCUGACGGCCUCUGCCAUGAAGGCCAGAGAGAGGCCCUCUCUAGGGACAGACCCCAAGUUAAGGGGUCUGAGGAUCCCUCGGCAGACUCAGCCACCAGAAGCUGAUGUCCCUAAUGCCUCAAAGCGCCCCGGGAUGCCGUCUGGAGCCCGGAUGCCCCACCAGGGGGCGCCCAUGGGCCCCCCGGGCUCCCCGUACAUGGGCAGCCCCGCCGUGCGACCCGGCCUGGCCCCCGCGGGCAUGGAGCCCGCCCGCAAACGAGCAGCGCCCCCGCCCGGCCAGAGCCAGGCCCAGAGCCAGGGCCAGCCGGUGCCCACCGCCCCCGCGCGGAGCCGCAGUGCCAAGAGGAGGAAGAUGGCUGACAAAAUCCUCCCUCAAAGGAUCCGGGAGCUGGUCCCGGAGUCCCAGGCUUACAUGGACCUCCUGGCCUUUGAGAGGAAACUGGAUCAAACCAUCAUGCGGAAGCGGGUGGACAUCCAGGAGGCUCUGAAGAGGCCAAUGAAGCAAAAGCGGAAGCUGCGUCUUUAUAUCUCCAACACUUUUAACCCUGCGAAGCCCGAUGCUGAGGAUUCUGAUGGCAGCAUUGCCUCCUGGGAGCUGCGGGUGGAGGGGAAGCUCCUGGAUGACGUACGUCCCGGCCCAGGUCUCUCCAGGUGUCCUGGGCCCAGCAAGCAGAAGCGGAAGUUUUCUUCCUUCUUCAAGAGUUUGGUCAUUGAGCUGGACAAAGACCUUUACGGCCCUGACAACCACCUAGUGGAGUGGCACCGGACGCCCACCACGCAGGAGACGGAUGGGUUCCAGGUGAAGAGGCCGGGGGACCUGAGCGUGCGCUGCACGCUGCUCCUCAUGCUGGACUACCAGCCUCCCCAGUUCAAACUGGAUCCCCGCCUGGCCCGCCUGCUGGGGCUGCACACACAGAGCCGCUCAGCCAUCGUCCAGGCCCUGUGGCAGUACGUGAAGACCAACAGGCUGCAGGACUCGCACGACAAGGAAUACAUCAACGGGGACAAGUAUUUCCAGCAGAUUUUUGAUUGUCCCCGGCUGAAGUUUUCUGAGAUUCCCCAGCGCCUCACAGCUCUGCUAUUGCCCCCUGACCCAAUUGUCAUCAACCACGUCAUCAGCGUGGACCCAUCAGACCAGAAGAAGACGGCGUGCUAUGACAUUGAUGUGGAGGUAGAGGAGCCACUGAAGGGACAGAUGAGCAGCUUCCUCCUGUCCACGGCCAACCAGCAGGAGAUCAGCGCCCUGGACAGUAAGAUCCAUGAGACGAUUGAGUCCAUAAACCAGCUCAAGAUCCAGAGGGACUUCAUGCUAAGCUUCUCCAGAGACCCCAAAGGCUACAUCCAAGACCUCCUCCGCUCCCAGAGCCGGGACCUCAAGGUGAUGACAGAUGUGGCAGGCAACCCUGAGGAGGAGCGCCGGGCUGAGUUCUACCACCAGCCCUGGUCCCAGGAAGCCGUCAGCCGCUACUUCUACUGCAAGAUCCAGCAGCGCAGGCAGGAGCUGGAGCAGUCCCUGGUUGUGCGCAACACCUAGGAGCCCUGCGAGCACCAAACACCGCUGGGGGCCUCAGGCCCUGCCCUGUGCCCUAGGGCUCUGCCAUCACUCGGACAGACGCCUCGCCUCACCUCUCUCGCCUCUCGGGUGAGGCAGGGACUGGAUUAAAGGUGUUCACCUGAUAA